CCUUCCGGGACCGCACGGGUUCCGCUUCGUGGUGCAAGCCGGCCUGAGGGGUGGCCUCCGCACCCUGGGGGCCGCGACCGAAGGACUCUGCUCCUUUAGCCUCAGCUGUGGUUGGAGGCAGGUUGAGGUAGGAGCAAACUCGAUGAGAAAAACUGAAUUUCCGUUCAGAGCCCAGCUCCCCGCCGCUCCCGCGGGCCUUCCUCUUUAGACCCGCUCCCCUAAGGCGGAGACUUGGAGAGUUCCGCUCCACGCGUGGGGCGGAGCCUAGUAGACCUUGGGUGAGCUCCCAGGCAACCCGAAGCCACCUCCCAAAACAAAGGGGUACGGCAAAGGCCUUUCUCCAGCCGAGGGCUCCGUCUCGGUCCUGUCGUGCCAUGGCGGUGGGACUAGAAACCAUCGGGGCAGCUGCUAGCGUGGAAGAGGCAGGGCUGCGCUAGCGCCACCCCCUUCUCCUCCCUCGCACCGCCCAGCGGCGCGAAAUUCUGGUUGGCUCGCCUUGAAAGUCACACUUUGGUUCUCUCAGUUUGAAAACUGUUCGCCUCCUCCCGCUCGGCCCCGUUUGGAGAACUCAUUGAAGCUGAGUGUUUUUGAGGACCAGGCCAGCUGGAGGCGGCAACUUUGGUGAACUCUACCGGGCAGGUCCGGCUCUGUGGCCCGUGAGCUUGGGCGAGAUGCGGAGCAGGAGCAAUUCUGGGGUCCGUCUGGAUGGAUACGCGAGGCUGGUGCAGCAAACCAUCCUAUGUUACCAGAACCCAGUCACUGGGCUGUUAUCAGCCAGCCAUGACCAGAAGGAUGCCUGGGUACGGGACAACAUCUAUAGCAUAUUGGCUGUUUGGGGCCUGGGCAUGGCCUACCGCAAGAAUGCUGACCGUGAUGAGGAUAAAGCCAAGGCCUAUGAGUUGGAACAGAAUGUAGUGAAGCUGAUGCGAGGUCUUCUCCAGUGUAUGAUGAGGCAGGUGGACAAAGUGGAGAAGUUCAAGCACACUCAGAGUACCAAGGACAGUCUACAUGCCAAGUACAACACUGCCACAUGCAGUACUGUGGUGGGUGAUGACCAGUGGGGCCACCUCCAGGUGGAUGCCACCUCUCUCUUCCUCCUGUUCUUGGCCCAGAUGACCGCCUCAGGUUUGCGUAUUAUUUUCACCCUCGACGAAGUGGCCUUCAUACAGAAUCUUGUCUUCUACAUAGAAGCUGCAUAUAAAGUUGCUGAUUAUGGAAUGUGGGAACGUGGAGACAAGACUAAUCAGGGCAUUCCAGAACUGAAUGCAAGCUCAGUGGGAAUGGCCAAGGCAGCACUUGAGGCGAUUGAUGAACUAGAUCUCUUUGGAGCUCAUGGAGGACGCAAAUCGGUGAUCCACGUCCUGCCUGACGAAGUUGAACACUGCCAGUCAAUUCUUUUCUCCAUGUUGCCAAGAGCAUCAACAUCUAAAGAAAUCGAUGCUGGACUUCUUUCUAUUAUUUCUUUCCCGGCCUUUGCAAUAGAAGAUGUGAACCUUGUGAACGUGACCAAAAAUGAAAUUAUUUCUAAGCUUCAGGGGCGUUAUGGAUGCUGUCGCUUCCUUCGGGAUGGUUAUAAAACCCCAAGAGAGGACCCACACCGAUUGCAUUAUGACCCUGCUGAACUUAAGCUCUUUGAAAACAUUGAAUGUGAAUGGCCUGUGUUCUGGACUUAUUUAAUCAUAGAUGGAAUCUUCAAUGGUGAUGCUGUUCAGGUCCAAGAAUACCGAGAAGCCCUGGAGGGAAUAUUAAUCAGAGGCAAAGAUGGGAUCCACUUGGUGCCCGAACUCUAUGCCAUCCCACCAGACAAGGUGGAUGAAGAGUAUAAGAAUCCACACACAGUAGACCGAAUUCCACUGGGGAAGCUGCCCCAUCUUUGGGGACAGUCCUUGUACAUCCUCAGCUCACUGCUAGCAGAGGGAUUCCUUGCCACUGGUGAAAUUGAUCCCUUAAAUAGAAGAUUUUCUACUUCAGUCAAACCUGAUGUUGUAGUACAAGUUGCUGUUUUGGCAGAAAACAGUCACAUUAAGGAGCUGUUGAAGCAACAUGGAGUAAAUGUCCAGAGCAUUGCUGAUGUGCAUCCAAUUCGAGUCCAACCAGGCCGGAUUCUUAGUCACAUAUAUGCCAAACUUGGACGAAAUAAGAAUAUGAAAUUGAGUGGUCGACCAUAUCGGCACAUUGGUGUCCUUGGCACCUCUAAACUCUAUGUGAUUAGGAAUCACAUCUUCACUUUUACACCCCAGUUCACUGACCAGCAUCACUUCUACCUGGCCCUGGACAAUGAGAUGAUUGUGGAGAUGCUGAGGAUCGAACUGGCCUAUCUGUGCACCUGCUGGCGGAUGACUGGCCGCCCCACUCUCACCUUCCCUGUCACGCACACCAUGCUCACAAAUGAUGGAUCAGACAUUCAUCCUGCAGUUCUUUCUACAAUUAGAAAACUAGAAGAUGGCUAUUUUGGAGGUGCUAGAGUAAAACUAGGACACCUGGCAGAGUUCCUCACUACUUCAUUCUACACAUACCUGACCUUCCUGGAUCCAGACUGUGAUGAGAAGUUGUUUGGUGACAUCAGUGAUAGGAGCUUUAGUCCUGACAGUGAGCCAGACCUGGGAGGAUACCUGGAAGACAGUAGUCAUCAAGAAAGCCAAGAUGAGCUUGACCAGUAUAUCAGCCACCUUCUUCAAAGCACAUCCUUGAAAUGCUACCUGCCCCCUCUUUGUAAGAAGUCAGAGGACAGCCAUGUUUUCAGUGCUAUCCACUCCACUCGAGAUAUCCUUUCUGUGAUGGCCAAAGCAAAGGGUUUGGAAACUACAUUUUUUCCCAUGAUUUUGCCAACUAAAGUUCUAAGUGGACACCGUAAGUCACUGAAUCUUGUUGACUCCCCUCAGCCACUCCUAAAAACGACUCCUGAAUAUGACUACCAGUGGCCCAGAGAUGACCAUGAUGAAAUGGACUGUGAGAAGCUAGUUGGGCAACUGAAAGACUGCUCAAACCUACAGGACCAAGCAGACAUUCUGUACAUUCUUUAUGUAAUAAAGGGUCCCCGCUGGGAUACCAAUUUGUUUGGGCAACAUGGAGUCACUGUUCACAGUCUUCUUAGCGAGCUCUAUGGAAAAGCUGGCCUGAACCAAGAAUGGAGUUUGAUUCGCUACAUUUCAGGCCUACUCAGGAAGAAAGUGGAGGUCCUAGCUGAGGCCUGUGCAGAUCUGCUGUCCCACCAGAAGCAACUUACAGUGGGCCUGCCCCCUGAGCCCCGGGAGAAGACCAUAUCUACGCCUCUUCCCCCAGAGGAGCUCACAGAACUCAUAUAUGAAGCCAGUGGACAGGACAUCAGCAUUGCUGUCCUCACACAGGAGAUCGUGGUUUACCUGGCCAUGUAUGUCCGGGCCCAGCCUAGCCUCUUUGCAGAGAUGCUCAGACUCCGGAUUGGAUUGAUCAUCCAGGUGAUGGCCACAGAGCUGGCUCGGAGCCUGAACUGCUCAGGAGAAGAAGCUUCAGAGAGCUUGAUGAACCUUAGCCCCUUUGAUAUGAAAAGCCUUCUGCAUCAUAUCCUGAGUGGGAAGGAGUUUGGUGUGGAAAGAAGCGUGCGCCCAAUACACUCCUCCAUGUCCAGCCCUGCCAUCUCCAUCCAUGAGGUGGAUCAUACUGGAGCCACCAAGACUGAGAGGAGUGGCAUCACCAGACUGAGGAGUGAGAUGAAACAGAUGAAUAGGCAAGCUAGUGCUGAUGAGCAGUUUUUUCCUUUGGGCCAGGCUGUGUCCAACAGUUUGCAUUCCAUCAAGUCUGUGAGGUCCAGCACUCCAUCCUCCCCAACAGGCACAUCAUCUACAGACUCUGGAGGACACCAUCUGGGCUGGGGAGAGCAGCAGGGCCAGUGGCUGCGCCGGAGAAGGUUGGAUGGGGCCAUCAACAGGGUCCCCGUGGGAUUCUACCAGAAAGUGUGGAAGAUCCUUCAGAAGUGCCACGGUCUUUCCAUCGAUGGUUUUGUCCUCCCAUCUUCAACAACCCAAGAGAUGACCCCUUGUGAGAUCAAGUUUGCCGUCCAUGUGGAGUCAGUGCUCAACCGUGUGUCCCAGCCCGAAUAUCGGCAGCUACUGGUAGAAGCUAUCAUGGUACUGACUCUGCUCUCAGAUACGGAAAUGGACAGUAUCGGGGGCAUCAUCCAUGUGGAUCAGAUAGUGCAGCUGGCCAAUCAGCUGUUCCUGCAGGACCAGGUGUCAUUUGGAACCACAGACAUCCUGGAAAAGGAUCAAGCCACAGGAAUCUGCCACCUCUUUUAUGACAGUGCUCCUAGUGGGGCUUAUGGUACAAUGACCUACUUAACGAAAGCAGUGGCUUCUCAUUUGCAGGAACUGCUGCCCAGUUCCGGCUGCCAGAUGCAGUAGGGCCUUACCCAUAAACGUGUCCACCCUUUGAAUCUGUCAUUUGUAGCCUCAUUGGGAACUUUCUUCUGCCUUCCCUCUGGAGCCCCUGUUCUGUCACAAAAGCAUGUCCCACCAGAAAGCUUCACAGGGAGAGAUGACAGCGCUUGGGCUGAAAGCAGGAUGUGUUUAAGCCACAGAUAAUGCUGAUGAAUCCACUGCUCCCCUGAGAAGCACCCUGGGAUCAUUUUCUAGGUUCAUUUCACUGGAACAUUUGUCACAGCAUCUGCUCUCAUGGACUCCAAAAAGGAACUGGAAAUUGGUCUCUUCUGAGUGCAGAGUGAACUGAGAAGCAGCUUAAAUUGACUCUCACCAAGAGUUACAGAAAUAGGUUCGAUGAACUAGUGACACAUCUUGAAGGUGGAAAGAUCCUUCCAGCAACAAUAGCUAGACAGGCAGACCCUGACAGGAGCACAUCUUAACAGAAUGAGGUCUGUCUGAACCAAGCUGUUUACCAAACAGAAUAAGUCUGUCUUUCUGGGAUUUUUUUUUAACAUCCCAGUCUGCUCUGGUCAUGUCAUUCUUCAUUGCCAAAAUAGACUAACUAUGGCUUAUAGUCUUCAGAGGA